AUGAACCGGGCCGUUUCCCUCUCGCCGCAUUCUUCCUCGCUUACCCAACGCCCCUCUGUCGAGCUAGCCCCGGCUAUCGAUGAGUUGAAUACCAUUUGCGAUGAAUAUGCUGUGGACAUAAAUCUUACGACUACGGCUACGGAGAGUCUACUUCGACUGCGUCACACAUUGAUAGACAACCAGCGCCCCCAGGAAGCGAAGGAGUCGUUUCGCCAACUGAACGGAUUUCAGACGCUUCUGAGUCUUGUCAGAAAGCUUUCCGAGGUCUACACACCGGGUGUGCAUACAAAGGGUGAGAGAAGGAGCUUGUUGGCCGUAUACAAAGACUGCUUAACGGUUCUUGCGGAAUGCCUCAGGGGUAAUCUAGGGAAUAAGAGGCAUUUUGCCAAUCGGAUCCCAGGCGGAGGACAACCAGCUCUUGAAGAGGCCUUUUCGAUCCUGAUUCUUAAGCUGGAUGCUGCUGAAGGCGAUGUGGAAUAUUUCUGCGGCAGCAUUCUUGCAGCAUCACUGUGCCAGGAAACCGUCGUAGAUGUCUUCACAGCGCUCUCGACAAAACUUCAGAGGACAGACGACUUAGAGACAACUCCUGAUGCUGUCAAGAAGGAAGUCGAACGUUUCAUAGGUGCGUCGGAGAUCAUUGAAGCGCCGGAGCUUCUAGGUCCAUUUCUUCGCGUAUGGCUGAAGCAGUCCUUUCUUUUUAAGCCUGUGCAGACUGUCUUGAGGCUGGCUGUACCAGCAUGCCUCAGUCGACUUGCUUCGCAAUCUCAACGGAACGUCUUGACUUUACAUGACACAGGAGCAUUCAGUCUUACCAUUCCGCUCUUGCUCAGUGAUGAUCUUCUCCAUGCGGAAAAGCUAUUCUAUCAAGAGCUUGCCCAAGAAUUGUGCACCCAAGGGACCAAAAAUGUGGAUGACGCGGUAUAUCUCUACAAAAAGGCCCACAAAUGCCCGGAGACAUUGAGGUUCCUUGUUGAUAUGCUCAAACGCUCCAAGGAACCCUCAGUGAUUCAAUUUGACCUGUCAUUGCAUGGAUUCUGCUCUUUGGAAUUUGCGACAAUAGGCCGUUCAUUUCCCCCAGUCACAUCAAGUGGAUAUACUCUCGCGGUUUGGGCCCGCUUCGAUCAAUUCGACCCGAGCACGCAUACGACCAUCUUUGGCGCGUUCGAUUCGAGUCAGACAUGUUUCCUCCUAGCCUACUUGGAAAAAGAUACUCGCAACUUCAUUCUGCAGACGUCGAUCAAAGGCUCACGCCCGAGUGUGCGAUUCAAAUCUAUAGCAUUCGAGUCUAAUAAGUGGUAUCAUAUCUGUGUGGUGCACAGGAAACCUAGACCACCAUCUCAUUCUCGUGCCCUUCUCUUCGUUGAUGGAGAGCUUAUCGACCAGCAAAGGAUUGAGUAUCCAUGCGUGCCUUUGCCUAGUGCCGCGAACCGUUCGCCGCGGGUUCAAGCUUUUUUCGGCACUCCGCAGGAUCUGGCAAUGAAACUCGGGAGGGGGGUAUCUUCUAGCCGGUGGUCUUUGGCGAGUGCCAUGCUAUUUGGAGAGGCCUAUAGCGAUGAUAUGGUUGCAGUUUUCUAUAACCUCGGACCUCGAUACUAUGGCAAUUUCCAAGAUUGUCUCGGGUCUUUUCAGACGUACAGAGCAUCGGCAGCGUUAAACCUUCGCAACGAGCUUCUUCAUCCCGGCAAGGAAGAACAAUCGGAUAUUGUUACUGCGAUCCGUCGGAAGGCGAGCGCCUUGGUUCGCGAAAGUGGUAUUUUAAUCAACGUCUCUGCGCUAGCUAUUCUAGACGACGAUGACAACAAUUCGACCGACGAAUCCCAGCUCAUCAAAUCCCUUUCAACCCAAGCAGGGAAAAAACUCACUCAAUUGACGAGAGGCGGAGGAAACGCAAUAGCUAUUAACGGUGCGAAUCCCGCCAUAAAUGAGGCUCUAAUCCAACCACAUGGUAUUGGUAUCUUGACAGGUGAUCCGGUCAUUACCUCGCCGCAUUCUCUGGAUGAUAUGAGCUGGCGUGUUGGUGGCUGUGCCUCGGUGCAUUUAAGUCUCCUUCAUGCGGCUUCCACCGCGGAGUCUACCCUUCUUGCCGUGGAAGCGUUAUACGAGGCGGUCCAGGACAGUUGGCGGAAUAGUGAAGCAAUGGAGAAAGAAAAUGGCUAUGGAAUCCUCGCUACCAUAAUUCGUGAGAAACUUGGUUAUGGCUGGACCUCAACCAAGGUGGCCGCUGUUUGUUCCGAUACUGAGCAACGGUCUGCUCUUUCGCUUGACCUUCUACGUUUGACCUUGAAGUUUGUUGGGUACGACGUUGAGCAGCCAACGCGGUCCAUGAUAACGAAUCCUCUCGCUUAUAGGGUGUUGCUCGUGGACCUGGAGAUAUGGAGAUACGGUGAACCUCCUCUCCUUGAAUUAUACUACUCGCAAUUUCGCGUCUUUGCAAGUGAGAGUCAGUUCCGCCGGUUUAACUCUAAGCGCCUUGCCCGGAUGCGUGUUAAUAAAAAGUUGCUCGAGGCCCUCAAAGGAGGGAGCAUUACGCCGGAAAUGCUACGGCCUUUCGUUUCUGCGUUUAGAUCAUUGAUGGAGAGUUGUCUUUCGACGGAUCUGCUUCGUUCUCUGGCUCUUUUUAUCACAUAUUCCCUACACAAGCCCAAAGACCCAAGUGGAUUGCAGAAGAAGAAAAGUAUGCGAUUUAGGACAAACUCAGCGCAACGAGCUCUUCCAUUGGACCAGCAGGGCCCUAGCAUGCCAGCCAUUCAAGUUGCUAUUGAGAUGCUUCGAACGUUGUGUUCACUUUUAUGCGACACUCAUGAUCUCGCGCCGAUAAAGAAGUUCGCCAAAACUGUUACAAAUAAGUGGCUUCUCUAUCUACUGUGCGAGGACGAGCCGGAAAUCGUUGUUCUGGCGAGUAGGAUACUCGCUAGGGUGAUCGUGACCCACGGCAGCAACUAUAACAAGAGAUUCAUCGAAAAGAAUAAUGGGUAUCUUAUCAUGCGAAGCUGCAUGAGGAGAUGGUGGAAUGUACCUGUGUUAUGGCCUCUUUGCUUUUCGAUUCUAUUUGGCCUCGAUCUCAGCAAAUCGAUGGCUGAUAAACCAUUCGACAAAGCUUCGCUCUUUGACGUAUUGGUGGGGAACGGAGUCGAAGUUUGUUUUCCUGAAGUGUUCCCUGUCAUUGCGGAGAUGAUGCAGAGCGCUUUGAGGAAGUCUGUCAUGGCCAAUGGGCGUUCGCAUUGCCCGGACUUGGACCAAAGUGCGAGGCUCCUCAUGGCUCGCCCUGUACCUGUCAGCACCAGUGAUCAAGAAACCUCCCUUCUGGCGACAGUCAUUGAAUUCCUUGCUGGGUUGCAUCUGAAUUCAGAGGGGUUCCGUGAGUUCAUGUCUCAGUCUGAAUACAUCGAACACUUGUUUUCAGUCCUGUUUCCGGUUGUCGUCGGCUCGGACCCUGUAACUGCGGACAUUGAACUAUCCUAUCGAGUGAGUGGUCUUGGCCUUGAUGAUUCACGCACUACGAGCCCUCCCCAUUCUCGCAGCUCGAAUGAGGUGCAUACGACUACCGUUGAGCGUUCCGGGACUCGCGAUGGAACUAGCCCAUCUUUACCCCGAUCAUCCUCUUUCAUCCUUGUGUCGCAAGAUGGUGGGAAGCACCCACGCUCACCCUUACAGAUGAAGCAUGCGUUUGCCUCAGGAAGUGUUGACCUUGAAGGGACUACCGAACAUCCGUUUUUGUCCCGUAUUUUAUGCUUGGCUCUGUCUAUCCUUUCCGAACAAAUCCUCGAGCGGAAAGACUUUUCUGGACUUGGCCUUUUCUCAAAAACUCCACCUGGAUUCUUAGAACACCAAGCAUACUUCAACUCUUGGGUUCUGACAAGACUGCUUCAGAUGUUAAGAAAUGUCGUCUUCUCAAAGACUGAGUUGUUAGCAGAGCCACGUGUUAUUACCAACUUGGGACGCUUUAUAACUCAUCAAACGGAAGCGACAUUAGAGGGAUGGUUCGUGGACGGAGCGAGUGCUACUCUUGAGUUUGCGGGGACGAUCCUGGAAUAUCUCCAGCGCCCGGACGUCUCGUCCUUGAAGAGUAUCAGGCUUUGCAGCCAAAUAAUCGCUACGAUCCACUCGAACGUAUUCCGCGUUGUUCUAGUUCAACUUUCUGAGGUUCAAGGCUCAGAUGCUCUGUCUUUCCUCAAUCGCUUAUCCUACUGGCAAGUAGUGCUUUUGCAGGCAGGCGAGGCCCAAACAGAUCAUCUGCAGUUGCUAUGCUAUCUUCUUUAUAUCAAGCUGAUAGACCAGAGCAAGGCCGUGCGUGUGGCUGCCGCGGGUCUCUUCCGAGUUAUCAUGGUCCAAAAGCCAACAGAACUAUUUAUGAUCCUGAACCAUGCAGCGGCCCCCCUCCAGGAGCGUCUUGCAGGGGGCUUUGAUGCCCUUGUAGGCAUGGAUGAUACCGCCUUCUUGCAAUGGAUAGACGACCAGGCGGACGACUUGAAUGCUUUGUUCCUGAGAGAUGUGUCAAAGUCCUGGGAUGACUUUAUCCAGAAGCAGAACGUACUUGUCGAAAACUCGUCAAGUAUCCACAGGAUGAAGCGUCAGGAAAAGCUGAAACAAAUAAGCAAGCUGGAGAAAAUCAGGGAUGAGGUGACGCGCAGGCACGAAGCCACGUUUCCUCAUUGGAGCUCGAACAUUGCCGCCUCUGAGCUCUUGAGGUACCAGAGAUCUCUACAAGACCAACAGGAUAGCCAUGUGUUUAUGUGGAAUACAUACUCGCGCUUAACCAUUGACUUAAGGCGGUUCUGUGGUAUCUUAGCUGAAGACAAAGAGAGAAAAUGGCGGCUUGAUCAGACGGAAGGACGGAGCCGUAUGCGACUACGCAUCGUUCCCGACGAUUCAGGGGAGAGACAGGACUACCAACCGAAACGGAAAGCAUCUGAACCUCCGAUUGUCAAGUUGGAUGCAACAGGGCCCUCUAAUGGCAAAGCUCUUGCAGCUCCUCUGGACGACGAGCGAUCAAAUGAUAGCCCUGGUGGCAUUGGACCUGACAAUGCGAGUGUUAUGGAAGAAAGCUUCGAGAUGAUUGAUGAUCCGAAGGCGGAUCUCGAAGAUUCCGACGACAAGAACCGGAAAGUUAUGAGGAGCCUACAUCGCGGCGACCAAGUCGAGGACCUUUGCAACGUGUCCCGGAUUGUUGGGCUGGAAGCUUUCGAAGGGCUCUUGAUUCAAGGCAAAGACCAUAUCUACAUCCUUGAUAACUUCUUUCAACGCAUUGAUGGCGAAAUCGUUAAUGUUUCGCAAGCCCCAAGUGACGAGCGCGACCCGUACGUCCGCAUGAUUGCUGGCAGAGAAGCAAGUGAACGAAAGCCCCAGGAAUACGAAACUAGGAGCUGGAAAUGGACAGACCUAGUCAGUAUAUCCAAGAGACGAUUUUUGUUUCGCGAUGUUGCCCUCGAGAUUUUCUUCACCGACGGAAGCAGCUAUCUAUUGACUCUCAUUUCGUCCAAAGCUCGAGAUAUUCUGUGCAGCCAGCUUGCUGGUAAGGCUCCGCAGGUUACGGGAAGCGUGGGACACUCCCGGCCGGAGGAUGUCUGGCGAUUUGAGACUCUCCGAAGUUCUGAAGAUGCGCCGCAGACCCUCGGCUCAAAGUUUGCCAGCGUCUUCGGACACUCACCAGUAUACCCAGCAACUCGCAAAUGGGUAAAAGGAGAGAUUUCUAACUUCCACUAUCUCAUGUUGAUCAACACCCUCGCCGGCAGGACAUUCAACGAUUUGACCCAAUAUCCAGUUUUCCCCUGGGUAAUUGCCGAUUAUACAAGCCAGGAGCUGGAUCUCAGAAACCCGAAAAGCUUCCGCGACCUGUCGAAGCCAAUGGGCUGUCAAACACCUGAACGAGAGGCUGACUUUAGAGAACGGUAUCAAGCUUUUGCAGAGAUGGGCGACGGGGAUGCUCCACCAUUCCAUUACGGCACUCACUACUCCUCAGCUAUGAUCGUGAGCUCCUAUCUGAUCCGAUUGCAGCCUUUCGUGAAGUCGUACUUAUUACUGCAAGGAGGCACAUUCGAUCAUGCGGACCGUCUCUUCUAUUCUGUUGGGAAGGCUUGGGAGUCUGCCUCACGAGGCAACAUGUCGGAUGUGAGGGAACUGAUACCUGAAUUUUUCUACCUGCCCGAGUUUCUAGUCAACUCCAACAAGUAUGACUUUGGCAUGCUCCAAAACAUGGCAACGGCAAUUGACUCGGUAGAACUGCCACCGUGGGCGAAGGGUGACCCGAAAAUCUUCAUCGCCAAAAAUCGAGAAGCGCUAGAGAGCCCCUAUGUGACUCGGAAUCUGCAUCACUGGAUCGACUUGGUUUUUGGCUGCAAGCAAAAAGGCGAGGCGGCUGUUGAAGCGGUCAACGUCUUCCACCAUCUCUCUUAUCAAGGCGCCAAGGAUAUUGAUGCCAUUGAAGAUCCAGUAGAGCGGCUGGCCACUAUUGGGAUUAUACACAACUUCGGGCAAACGCCACACCAGAUAUACAAUCGGCCCCAUCCUCAAAGCGAGGUACAUAGACACAAGAUUCCACGAUUGGACACUCUUGCUGAGUCACUUACACAACUCCCCAUGGCGCUCCUAGAAACAGGAGAACGGGUCUCGUCUCUGUGCAUGCGGCAUGAUCGGUUAUUAUGCACUGCUGCGUUACGUCUCAACAUACCACCAAACUAUGACAAAUAUUUGGAAUGGGGAUUUUUUGAUGGCAGCGUCAGAUUCUAUUCCGCAGACCACCGAAAGCUUCUUGGCCAUUUUGAGCAUCUCCACGUGGGCCAGCUGGCCGCUGCCGUCUUCGCGGACUCCAGAACAUUGGUCACCUCAGGCGCCGAUUGCACUAUUUCAAUCUGGACGUUCACAGCAACAGCAAAGUCCGUGGAUUUAAAACCUUCAGGAUCUUUGUUUGGCCAUCGUACGCCAGUGAGUGUACUUGCCGUCUCACGGUCUUUCAGCACCCUACUGUCCGCGUCUCUGGACGGUCAACUCAUGCUUUGGGAUCUGAACCGUCAGUGCUUUGUGCGGGAGCUUCCCGUCAAGGGGCCUGUUGACUGCGCUCAGAUAAAUGAUGUGACCGGAGAAAUCGCAGUGUGUCGAGGGAACCGCAUCACAAUAUACACCCUGAACGGAGCUGUAUUGCUUGAACAGGUCGUCUGCGAUUCAGCCGAUGACAAGACGAUGACUUGUGUCUUCUACGAAGGUGUGGGCGAUGAAUGGCAGGAACGAGACCUGGUCUUCACCGGUCAUCGGAGGGGAGUUGUCAAUGUUUGGAGCAAGAUCGUCCGGAAUGGUCGAUUCGAGCUGGAGCUGAUCCGCCAGCUUCAUCACGUUGAUAACAACCGAGACAACGGUGCAAAUAUUGUUGCAGGAAUUAGUUGUAUCCUGGCGCUACCCCAGGUGGUCUAUACUGGUGAUGAGAUGGGAAGAGUGUACGAGUGGAGUUGUGUCCAACGUCGAUGA